UUUGAACCGGCUGUGUCCGUUUGAGACGCCGUCAAAGACGUCUGUGUAGGUGCGAUAAACACUCACGAGCAUGAGUGAGGUUCACGUUUGAGCGAGGAGAGUGAGCGCCCUCGCUCAAGGCUUCCUGGCGAGUGAUCUCGGUGACAGGAGGAGCUAGGAGGAGCGAAUCCCUUCGAACGAAACUACGGACUCCGACCGAAUGGCGGCAGAACUUGGAGUCCAUGAGGGUUGGGAUGGAUUCGAGAAAAUCACCCUGGGAUGAAUCCCAAGGAACAAAAACAAACAGUUGCGAGGAAUGGAGAGCCGGGGAGAGAACGAGAGUCCAUCCUUUGAAUGGUAUUGAUCCAUCCCUUGCGGGUGAGUCAGUGAGUGAGAGCGAGUUCAUGAGGUGGUGAGGCUCUGAUUGAAAAUGGUGGGUUUCCUGAGGCUGUGCCAACAUUUCGCCAAACGUAAACUUGCCUCGACCAAGGAUAAUGAUAGUGAGACAACGCCAAUCAAGAAGGCCAAAGUGGAGGUGAAAGAAGACUUGGAUGAGGAGAAGAAGAUUCUCAACUUGGGUCUGAAGGUUGAGAGGCUGCCCAUCAAGAAAGAUGUCGAGACAAGUGACCCUGGGAUAUGGCAACCAAAACCUGGUUUUGAGUUUGACCUGGAGGAAGAAGAUAAGAAGGACGAUUUUGAAGCUAAACCUCAGUUGAAUGCAGAUAAGCUGGUUUUAACCAAAGUCUUAAGCACAACUAAUAGCGGCCCAAUGAGUGUCGGUCACCAAAACGACUGCAACAGAACCGUUGGUCUCGAUGGUGAUGACGUCCAGGUUGUGUCUCAAUUCAUUGAAUUGGAGAAGUUGGUGGAGGGCAAAGCCAAGGCUCAAGUGGAGAGUGACCCGUGGUUGGACGAGCUCAAUGAGGCUAUAGUAGACUGUGAUAAUGAUGAGUCGACGUCUAAUUAUGUGGAUGUGUGCUUCUACAAGCCCCUGGAUCUGCCUCUGGACAUUUGUGAUAAACCAAUCUCUUCCUCAGGGACCCUAGCAAGACAAUGCAUCCCAUCCCGUCCGAGCCAUCAAAACACGAUUGACGAGAUUGACGUGGAAUCAAUCGUUCCCAUCCCGGACAUUGGUCAGACCCAAGACUCGAAUGUCUUCCUUCAAAGCUACUUUAAUCCGCCCUGUCAGAAUUUCUUCCCUUUUCACAAGGACUUAGAUCAAAAUGAGUCAGAGGCUGAAAUGAAUGAUAAUGGAACUCCUGCCAACGAGUCCUCCUCCUCAUCGUCGUCGUUGUCGUCGUUGUUGUUGCCACAGUUGGUGGCACUCCCGCCUUCCUCUGGCGGAGGAGAUAUGGAGAAAGAAAUUCCGUUGAUAUGGAUAGAUGAUGAGAGUGAUAGUGUCAAAGCAACGAAAUGUGGGACCGUGCCGACAAAGCCAAUGGCCAAAGGUCCACCUCCUUCUUCCAUCCCAAGUGUUACCACUCCCAGUUGGCCAGAAACUUCCCUGAUAAGGAAUUACGAGAUUUUACUCUCGCAGCACUUUUCCUCCAGGCUAAACGUGGAUGUCAGCCAUUGCUCGGGCGAUACUUCCAUGAUCCAAUUGACAAAUUUCAUUACUCCCAAGACAACCUUCCAUCCAGGGAACGAGACCGCGAGUCAUGACUUUCUUUAUCCAGUUUCAAGCUCGAAUGGGCAGUUUCCAACCCUCGUGAAUGAAGUCCAAGAGGAACUCGUCAAGCACAAGAGAAAGGCCAAAAAGGGGAAAAAGAAGCGAAAGUGUAAACGGCGCCAUUGCAAAAAGUGUAAACGCCGCAAGUCCAAAUCCAAAGAAGCUAGAGAGGGUGGUAGUGAACUCGUUAACGUUGUGCAGGAUUCGGCACCUUCCGUGUCAAUAUGUGAGAGAACAAGUGGGAUUGGCUCUGGCACGCCCUCGGAAACAUCAUCCACGUCGGGUGUGGCUGACCUCAUGUCAGAUGCAUCCUCUUCCACGAUUUCUGAUGAUCACCGGGUUCGACUCCCAAGCCCGGAGAUCAUCGGGUCUGCUAGGCCAGAUCUCGACAUGGUUGAAAGUGAGACCUCGGAUUACCAAAGGUCGACUCCAAGUCCCAGAGAACAUCCGCCAUUCCAUGAGGAAUCGACGAAUAGGCUCAAGCGAGAGAAUCCUGACCUCGGUUUUGGGGAUGAAAUCAAAGAGGAUGCCAACCCCUCCGUGUCACUUCGCAACCAUUUCACGAUAAGUGCCAAGUCUUUCUACAAUAGCACCAAACCCGAGGCGGUUUUGAAAUCCAUGCAGAAAAUCAAAAGCAAUAAGUGCCUCACCGUUGAUCUCUACCCACUCCCUUUGAUCUCAAGCUCAACCAAAAAGAAGAAAAAGAAGAAGAAAAAGUUCAAAUACUUGGAUGACGAUGAUUCCACUCAAAAGCGAGUCCCAUCCUCAUCCGUGUUGGACACUCUCAAGAAUAAUCGGGUGAAAGUUAGCAAGCAUUUCAAGCUCACCCAAGAUCCCAAAAUCAUGUACCAACAGGCUCAAGUGAAGAUUAAACGAUUGCCCGUGAGUGCCAAUACCAUAAUGAGUGUCUCGGCUGACUUGCUGUCGCGGGUUUCCGUGAGUCCCAAGAAAUGCCGCAAGGUCGAAAGCGAGUUGCGAGCCAACGAUUGGUUCUCCGAGUUAACCAAACCCCCCAAGCAUGCUCAUAUUCAUAGCAUUAAACCCACACUGCCAUCAUCCAAGAAUGUGUUCCCAUCUCCGGAGAGGUCCUUGUUGAUACGACCUGCCGUCCUUAAUGUCAUUGCAACCACCCCGACCAAGACCGACCCGGAGGACGAUUCCAUGUGCGGCAAUCGCUUCUCGUCACCACCUCAAAAGUCGCUUUCCUCUAGUCUGAGAGAUACUAGCAAUCUUGUGAACCCUUUCCUACCUCUCCAGAAGUCUUCCUAUCUCUUUGGAGGGACAGAUGACUUUGAACAAAACGAGGAGGUCAUCGAAUACGAUGAAGAAGAGACUGAUGACUUCUCAGACCCCGACGUUGAAUCAAAUACGCCCUUGACCAAGGUCGAGGAAUAUGAUCGCCCUACCGAUGCUCUCCACUCUCCCAAAGAUCUCAAGGUCAUCAAAUCACAUUCAACUCUAGAUUUGGACCACUUAUUUGGACUUGGAGACACGUCUACCCCCGUGAAACAGGGUGACACGUCGACCAUAUCCACCAACGCUGGUACCACAGCCCCGAAAAUCAGAUUUCCAGCUGUUCAAGGACCAAAGAAUAUGAUUGAGUGCAAAUGGAAUAGUUGUCAGAAGAAAUUCACCACCUACGGAAAGUUGUCAGAUCAUUUGAAGGCUUGUCACGUGAUUUCACAAGUUUUCGAACAAUCCGGACUCGACAGCGAGGUCUACCAAUGUCUGUGGGAAGGCUGCAAGGUCUAUGCGAAGAAAUCCUGCUCAAAGUCCUGGCUAGAGAAGCACGUUCCUACACAUGGCGGGAAAUUCGCUUUCGCCUGUAUCGUCAGCGGUUGCAAGAUGCGCUUCAGCUCUCAGAAAAUCCUCCAACGCCAUGUCAAUCAUCAUUUCGCUCAAAAUGACAACGAGGUCUCGGGAACCACCCCCGGAUCCCAGUGUCGGGCCCAAAGCAAGAAAAGUCGGAAAUAUACCGACCAUAAUCAGUCAGAGUCGACGAAGAACCUCAAAAGAGCGGGCGUGAAGCUCAAAUUCCGACACACCGUGUUCUCGGCCCGUAUUUUCGAUUUCUUCGAUCCGGGAAUAAUGGCCGGGAUCAAGCAUCAAGUUUAUAAUCUCGAGGGCAUUGGAAGCCACAAGUACAACAUUAGUGGCGAUUCAAUCACGUUCAAGAGUCGAGUGUUGGGUGUGAAGAAACAUGAUAGAGCAACAACCAACUCACUCCAAGGGUGCCAAGACAACCACCACCAACAACACUCCCUUCACGAAGACAACAGCAACGACGACGACGACGACGACGACAUCCAUUUGGCCCUGGUUCGAUGGACUCCAGAAAAUCUACUGGAUGAUGAGUGGUUGCCAUUGGGCAAGAUUCAGACCUGGAAGACCGUCAAAAUCUGUCAUCUCCCCGAGAAGGCAAAGGUCAAGCUAGGUCAAGACCUGUUCGGUCUUGGUCGAUCCUCUGCCCGAACCUCAUCUCCCGCGCCUGAGCUCAAUGAUGUCGUCCACGAAAAGUCCACUUUGAUCUCUGCCAUUCCUCCUCUUCAAAAUGGAGCAGCAAUGUCGACGACCACCUUCGUGUCAGCGGGAGCUCCGAAAGGCGCGAGCAGAAGGAAGCAAUACGCCAGACCCAAGCCCUAUCUCUAGUGAACUUGCCCAGGCGUCUUGAAGCCCGGCAGAAGAGGCGCGUCGGCGGGGAUUUGUUCUGAAACCGACGGAAGGGUGACUGAUGAACUGAUGAUGGAAACAAAGACAAGCAUGUUGACAGACAUCUCUCUGGAGGCCUCUCUGAGAUUUGCCCUUGGGAAAUUUCUCUCAGGGAAACUUGAGUGAAUGUCGAGACAAAGGUGAAUCAAGAUCAAAGACGAUCCCGGAGCUCAAGACCGGAAGCCCGAUUGAAGAGAGCGCCACUUGCUUGGGGCGUCGAAAAUCCAUUGUUCUGAGUCGAUGAGUCCAAAAAAAUCAAACGCCAUUCAAUUGGAGAAGAAAGAGGAAGUCAACAUCCACGCGAGAUUGCUCUCCCUCGAUCCGAGAAAGAUCGACCGAGAAGAACUACGAGUACGACGAAAACGAAGGGAGGCACUACUUCACUCUUGGAAAUGGCCCUCAUUUCCUCUGCACCCUCUGAGUGGACCACUCGUUGCAAAGGAAGUCAUUAUGCAAUCAAUUGGCAAUGCGUCGUUUUAUCCGUCUUGAACCAGACCGAAAAUCUUGUCAACCAUUUGACCCACCUGCCAUUAGCUCAACAUUUGGCAUGCAAAUCUGCUCCUUCGUCAAAAUGGGCAUUAUCAACUUGAUCCCUUUUUCCUGUCCCUUCUUCUGUAACUGUGAUAACUGUGAUACAUCCUUGCUCCAAGCCACGAAACUGAGUUUUGAUUAGCCUUAAAAGCACUUGUCCUUCCCAAUGAUCUCUUUGUCUGUCUCCCAAACUUGCACACUCACAAUGUGAGUGUUUCUCUUGUUCUGAAUUCCCCAUCAGCAUUACUAUUUCAACAAUCGACUACAGAUGUAUCGUUGGCUUUUCCCACGAUUAGUGGACUCGAACCAAAAUAUUUUGAACAACACUUCCAAGUGCGUCUUUUCACACCUCGAUCACUGCCAAAAAAAUGAUCUUCCCCUUUUAAGACUGGAAACAUAAAGCUUUUGCAUCUUUGUACAAGUUGUUUGAUACUGAUAAAACUGUCCGUUACCCCUUUUUGUCUCGUUAUGUACUAGCAAUGACCCUUUUGUUAUCUUUUAAACUGUGAAUAGUGUCCAAUUUCGACCCACCCAACCCUCCAUCUCAAUCUUCAGUGAUUUCACUCCCCUUUAGAGCAUUCUGUAGGUUUUUCAUGUUAUCUUUAGUUUAUUUAGUGCCAUCAUCAAUUCUUUUAGUUCUGUGCUAGAAAAUAAACGUAUCCAUGAAUGAAGAGAAUAA